CCAUGUAUGAGUUCUAUAAGUCUUCAGUCACACUAUCGUGGUAUGAAGCAUAGAAAGAAAGAAGAAGCACUGAGAUUCAAGACUGUCUAUUUAUCUUUUGAACCAGAUUAGUCAAAAUGGAUUCUGAGUACAUAUCUGCACAGAAAAAUGUGAUGUCAGCCCUUCACUGAUAGAAGCGCUACUGGCUGAGCUCACCUCUUACUGCACUCAGAAGAAUCAGCAUAGGAGGAAGAUCCAGUGAAAGCACUGGUCAGAGUCUGUUUUCUAAGAGGAUGGUCUUCAUUACCUUCACUGGUGGUUUCGGGCUGAAAACAGAAUGUUAUUGCAAGGCACAUCAUUCAAGUGUGCGAACAACUCUGAGACAUUCUGCAUCAGUAGACAUAAGAUCUGCAUGCAGUGCUUCUCUUAGAAAUGUUGGUAAUGCUACUUGACAAAUUCUGCAAGAGUUCUGAAGAUAUACAUGUCUAUGCAGUGUCCUGUGGGUUUUCAGCGGUGUAGAAUUUUAUUGAUAUCUCAGUAACAACAGAUUUCUUUGGCCAUGGGUGGAACAUUUUUAGAGGAAGAUGAGUUUCUAUACCAUUUGUUGGAUUUCAUAUUGGAAAAGAUCAUUAAGAAUGGUACUGAUGAUGAAUGUAAGCUUGAUUACUGAAGAGUUUCUGCUUCAAGAAUCUAAAGUCUUGUUUUGGAGGAGCAAUGCAAAAGAUGCAUAGUAUGAAAACUGAAACUUGAUUAAGAGGACAGAAGAAAGUGUGAUAGCAAGACAGUAGGGAAAGUGGCGGGAUGCAGGUGUCUGCAAAAACCUACGCUUCUGGAAAAUGAUACUGCUUAAUGUACUGUGGGCUCAGCAUUUCAUGAAGGUUCAAGGUCCUCCAGCUCCCUUCCGAACUACGAUGAGCUAUGAAAUGCAGAGACCAGUGAAGAGAGGACUCACAAAGGACAUAACAUGUCUGAAGGAUUUUAUUAAUGAUCCCAAAAGAGAAGAACCUCUAGUUGGCUUAGAACAUGUGGUUGAAAUCAGAUUUGAGGGAAGAAGAGAGCCGCAUUAUGAAUGCAAGCUGUGUGGGUUUAAUACAGAGAUGGCGCCCAUGAUAGAACAUCUCAGUGGAUAUAAACACAGAAGAGCAUACAUAUCCAAAGAAUUUCCAGACAAAAUGAAGAGAAAGGCAACAGAUGUAAAAGAAUGCAAAGUCUCAUUUCUCAAAAGAAUAGCAGGAGAGCUAGAGAAGACUGAAGGAUUAAAAAUGUAUAAGAUUGAAGGUUACAUAAGACCAAGUACCUCACCCCCAUCAAAGAAGAAAGCAAGGUGGGAUGAUGAUCAUAAGCAUGAGAAUGAUCCUUUUUGGAAACAGAAAGCUUUGGAGUUCUUGGAGACUUUUCACAUCACCUCAGACUCAGAAGCAACACGUGUUGUUCGUGUUACGCAGGAACUCACAGAAGCUUUGAAGUCCUUUUGUGAAAAGAAAGCAGCAGUGAAUUAUACUAACAGACUGAGGCCACUGAUGCCAACAUCUCAAGGUGGAUUUCCUGCAAGAAGAAACUUCACCAAACCAUAUAAGCCAUAUGGAAAAUACAAAGGAAAUUUUAACUGGAAUCAACGUUUUUUCUCUCAAUAUGAACAGUGUGCUGCAGAUAAUUCUUUUGCUCCUGCCAACUCGCACAGUUAUCAAACUGAUGAUGGAUCAUCUUCCUAUGGACUAAGACCUGCUGACUCUGCAGUGAUGUCAGCACUCAGGGACUCUCUUGCUCUCCAGACUGGAAGUUCUGCUGGUGGUAUUAGCGAAUGGCUGAGGCAGUUCAACCAGUCUGCUUCCAACAACAAUCCAGCCCUUGGGGCCUCUUCUUAUGCGACAGGUUCUGUGAAUGAGUACUCAUCAGAGUAUAUGUCCAAAGAUGUGCAAGGAGAUAAGCUCCCUGGUAACAGAAUGCCAUAUGACAGGGAAGGUAGAAGUUGGAGGAAUCAACAAACAUGUAGUAAAGCAAGGGGUAUAAGUGAUAAGAGAUUACCCUAUUCCAAUUCUUCAUAUCCUUCAUCUGGAAGAUACUCAACAAACUAUCCUUCACAAAGCUAUUUCUCUUACAAGAGUGAUGGGUCUGUGAAUUCUUGUACAUUUUCUACAAAUUCUGCUUUUUCAAGAAGAGGUGGCUCUAGGUGGAACCAGAACUCUAGGUGGAACCAGCGUCCUAGCUGGAACCGGGACUCAAAUUGGAACCAGGGCUCUAGCUGGAACCAGGACUCAAACUGGAACCAGGGCUCUAGCUGGAAGAAGGAAUCUAACUGGAACUGGGAAUCGAGGUGUCAGGAAUAUAGGCAUGAGAAAUCAGGUGAUAAAAAUGAUUGGGGUUCACAUCGCUAUUCCUUCCCUGGUGGUGGCUCGUAUAGAGAUAAUGAGCAGUUCAGAAGCUCAGAUAAGAUGUUGGGUGAAGAUGCUGUAGGUCCUGCUCCCAGUGUUUUGAACAGAUUGGAAGGAAAGGAUAUACCUAUGAUGACUGGGGUGCUCAGACAGCUGGCUUCAUGUUAUCCAGCACUUGUAAGAUUGUGACUAGUGAAGUGAAGUUUCCUGAAUUGAAAGUUUUGUUCUGGGUCAUCUUGCUAGCUAUCUGUUCUAUUGGGGUGGCAGCUGUGGGGAGAGGAUACAUUGGCAUAGAUUAAAAAAGAAAAAAAAAAUAGGAAUGUGUGCAGAACCAAACUUGGGUGGAAUUGUUGAAAGUAUGCAAAAUGGAUCAUACACAUUGGGAUAACAAAACAAAUGUUACCGAAGAGGUGAUUUGUUACCUGAUUUUUUUUUCCAUUUGGAAAAAUACUCCUUUAUGUUAGAAAAGUUUCUGCUUUGGAAAUACAUUGUAAAAUAUUUUAAGGCCAUUGGACAUGUACUGUCAUACAGCUACCUUUGGGUGUGAGUCUAAGCUAUGCUUAUGCAAGAGAACUAGGAAAGUCAGUUAGCAGCUUUUGUUUAAACAAUCUCUGAUGUAUUGUGUGAAAUAACGUGAAAAAGAAGUAACUUUUUUUUUUUUAAUUUCCCCU